AUUAAUAUUCCUUCUCUCUCUAAAUCGCAUCAUUCAGUCUUCUUCUUUCUCACUCCUCUCUGUAAGAUCCACCCCCAAACCCUAGCAAACCCCUACGCAGAGAGAGUGAGAGAGGAACCUCACAACAACCUACCCUUCCUCCACUCAUUCCCCCUUUCACUCACUCUCUUUCCUUUCAGUUGAAGUUAGCUUUUGGAUACUAUUGGUAUGGCAACUUCAGAGCAACAAGCUCCACCCAAAACUCCGGCACCUGAUGUUGUUGGUAAUGCUUUUGUUGAUCAGUAUUACCAUAUGUUGCAUGAAAGCCCUCAGCUAGUGCAUAGGUUUUACCAAGAAGUCAGUAAGCUUGGUCGUCCUGAACCCAAUGGUAUCAUGGGCAUCACAACCACAAUGACUGAAAUUGACAAGAAGAUACUAUCAUUGGGUUAUAGUGAACUUAGUGCGGAGAUCAUAUCUGUGGAUGCACAAGAGUCCUAUGAUGGGGGAGUCAUUGUCUUGGUUACUGGGUUUAUGAUGGGAAAGGAUGACAUUAAGCAGAAAUUUACUCAAUGUUUCUUCCUUGCUCCUCAAGAGAAAGGCUACUUUGUUCUGAAUGAUGUUUUCAGAUAUGUUGAUGAAAAUGAAAUUAAAGGCUCUGAUCGUGAAAUUGGAUCUCCUGCCACUCCUGACAAUGAUCCUUCUGUGCUGGAGACACAAGUUUCAGAACAAAUAUCUGUGACUGCUGAGGAUGGUGACGGGGAAGAAGUCUACAACCCAGAAAAUGAGCAAGUGUCGGCUGAAGAAGAGGAGGCUCCUGUUCCUGAGGUUCUCGAUGAAAUUCCUGAUGAUUCACAGAUGGUAGCUGGAUUGGCAUCCCAAAUUGAAGAAGUUCCCAAAAAGUCUUAUGCCUCUAUUGUUAAGGUCAUGAAAGAGGGUGGUGCAGCACCGCUGCCAGCUGUUUCUGUGAAAUCUGCCAGUAAGGUUCAAGAACAGCAGAGUACUGUUGCACCUCCACCACCUAGCAUGUCAGAAACAAAUGGUUCUAGUAUUAUAAAUACUAAUGAAGGUGGAAACAAUCAAGAAACUGAAGCUGAGGGCUAUUCAAUUUAUUUGAAAGGGCUCCCCCCAAAUGCUACACCUGCCCUUCUGGAGAAUGAGUUCAAGAAGUUUGGACCUAUAAAGAGUGGUGGUAUCCAAGUUAGGGCGCAAAAGGGAUUUUACUUUGGCUUUGUGGAGUUUGAAGUGGCUAGUGCUGUGCAAAGUGCUCUUGAGGUUUCACCAAUUCUGAUUAAUGGCCGUCAUGUUGUUGUUGAGGAAAAGAAAUCAACUAAUCGAGGUUAUACAAGGGGGCGUUUCUCAUCUGGAAGGGCACCGGGUUACAGGGUUGAGGCUGCAAGAGGGCGUGGAAACUUUGGAAAUAGCCGAAGUUUUGUUCGUGGAGACUUCAAUGGUCGUGGAGACUUCAACGGUCGUGGAGACUUCAAUGGGCGUGGAGACUUUAAUGGCAGAGGGGAAUAUGGACAUAGGAAUGGCAAUCGGGGUGGGUUUCCAAAUCGUGGAGCUGAUGGGUAUCAGAGAAACGAUCAUACGGGAACCAAUGGUGGCCGCAUGAAUCGAACUGGCGGGCCUUCUGUUAAUUCAGCACCCAAACCUACUGCUCUUCGUGUACCUGCUUCUGCUUGAGGAAGCUAUGCAUCUAAGAGUCUGACUGAUUGAUAGUUUAUUACAAUUUGCAGUAACUGAAGCAAUUGGAGUUGGAAAGAAUUAAAUAGCGAAACUUUUUUAGAUGAGUUAAUUUUAUAAGGUCCCUUUUUUUUUGGUAUAUUGGAGGUAUUGGGAAAGGUAGUUUUCAAUUUCUGUUCAUUAUAAUGAAUCUAGAGGUAGUUUUUGUGCUUCCCCAGUUUUUAUGAAAAUAUAUAUAUUUGGGGUAUCAUUUUUUGAUAUAUAUUAGUAUUCGGUAGUUGUGACUUGAGAUGUUUGCUACCACCAUGCCUUUGAGGAAAUUAUUAUUCUGUAAAACUCUGUAGUUAUAUUGAUUUCCCUGUUAGUCA